AUGAAUGGUGAUGCUCUUUGUCAAGAACCUCCCUCCCAGCUUCCUGACUGGCGGGAAUUCUGUGAGCUCCAUGCCCAGGCUGCUGCAGUGGACUUUGCUCAGAAAUUCUGCCAGUUCCUGAAGGAAAAUCCCCACUACGACACCCCUGGAGCUGAGACUUCCUUCUCUCAUCAUUUUGCAGCAAAUUUCUUGGACAUCUUCAGCCUGGAAGUCAACAGGGUGUUUGUGUCCAAUUCCCCUACGAAAUAUAACAUUGUCCCAUUUACUUCCGUGGAGUCUCUAGACAGCAUGGACCACACGCUCACCUCCAGCAGGUACUUAAGCCAAACCCAACAGGCUCAGGCAAGAAAAGUCUCCUCCUAUGGCCAGUCCCGAAGCUCAGAAGAUGUCUCCGUGCACAGUUCUUCUAAGACAAAAUUCAAGAAAGGUUUUUCUCUGAGGAACAUGAGCUUGUGCGUGGUGGAUGGCAUGAAGGAGAUGUGGCAUCGGCGGUCUUCUCCAGAGCCAGGCGCGGAAGCCAUGCAAAGCAAACAGUCUGAGCGGGAACAUUGUCCUCCUGGUAGCAAAGAACACAGCGAAUCCAGAGAGAAAUGGACCCACAAACUCUGGCUUUCAAAGGGGCAAUCUUCUAAAGUGGAUUUAGUGGACAUUCAGAGAGAGGGAACCCUUCGCUACAUGGUUGCUGAUGACACAAACUGUGUGGGUAGCUCUCAGUGGCAAAAAUGCCGUUUGCUGCUAAGGAAAGCAGUAAAGAUAGAGGGGGAAAGGUUCCUUCUAGAGUUCUACGUUCCUCCUAAGGCUUCCAAAGCAAAGGUCAGCAUCCCUCUCUCAGCUAUUAUUGAAGUGCGCACAACUAUGCCAUUGGAGAUGCCAGACAAGGAUAACACCUUUGUGCUGAAGGUAGAAAAUGGCGCUGAAUAUAUCCUUGAAACGAUAGAUUCGUUACAGAAACAUUCCUGGGUGGCGGAUAUACAAGACUGCAUAGAUCCUGGGGACAGUGGUGAUGACAUUGAACUCUCUUCCUGUACUCAAGGAGCUUGCCUGCCAAGCAGAGUGUCGUCUUGUAGCUGUGAGUUCCUGGCUGAUGGAGAUGAAAAUGAGCUGGAAGCAGAAAUCAAUCUCUUGGAGUUUCCUUGGUUCCAUGGGACACUAUCGCGGGUUAAAGCAGCCCAGCUAGUACUCUUUGGUGGAGUCAAAAGCCAUGGCUUAUUUGUCAUUCGGCAGAGUGAAACACGGCCUGGUGAAUAUGUGCUAACCUUUAACUUCCAAGGAAAAGCCAAGCACCUGCGUUUGUCCUUAAAUGAAAAUGGUCAGUGCCAUGUCCAACAUCUUUGGUUCCAGAGUAUUUUUGAUAUGCUGCAGCAUUUUCAUAUGCAUCCCAUCCCACUGGAGUCAGGUGGUUCUGCUGACAUAACCCUCCGCAGCUAUGUAAUGGCCCAGAGCCCAUUGCCGGAGCUCACCCCAUCUCCAGCAGUGGCUUCCCAGCAGCCUGCUUGCAGAAAUGACCUCCAGUCUCAACAUUACUUUUCCAGCUUUGUUCCAGAAAAUUUGGAAAAAUGA